CCGUCCGGUGCAGACCUUUGAUUUCGCAAGGAAUAAGGAUAAAUCAUUUUUUUUUCGGUGCUGUGAUAUUUAAACACAAACAAAUUCAAAAUGGGCAAGGAUUUCGAUGCUAUUGGCUUCGCCAAGGACUUCGCUGCCGGUGGCAUCUCCGCAGCUGUCUCAAAGACUGCCGUCGCACCCAUCGAGCGUGUGAAACUGCUGCUGCAGGUUCAGCACAUCUCGAAACAAAUCUCCCCCGAUCAGCAAUACAAGGGUAUGGUUGAUUGCUUUAUCCGCAUUCCAAAGGAACAAGGUUUUGCUUCAUACUGGCGCGGUAACUUGGCCAACGUUAUUAGAUAUUUCCCAACUCAGGCUCUGAACUUUGCCUUCAAGGACAAGUACAAGCAGGUCUUCUUGGGUGGUGUUGACAAGAACACCCAGUUCUGGCGUUACUUCAUGGGCAACUUGGCCUCUGGUGGUGCCGCUGGUGCAACCUCUCUGUGCUUUGUCUACCCAUUGGAUUUCGCUCGUACUCGCUUGGCUGCUGAUACUGGCAAGGGUGGCGCUCGUGAAUUCACCGGCCUGGGCAACUGCUUGACCAAGAUCUUCAAGAGUGAUGGUCUUGGUGGCUUGUACCGUGGCUUCGGCGUCUCUGUCCAGGGCAUCAUCAUCUAUCGUGCUGCAUACUUUGGCUUCUACGAUACCGCCCGCGGCAUGUUGCCCGAUCCCAAGAACACACCCAUUUACAUUAGCUGGGCCAUCGCUCAGGCUGUUACAACUGUUGCUGGUAUUGUGUCCUAUCCAUUCGAUACUGUCCGUCGUCGCAUGAUGAUGCAGUCUGGCCGCAAGUCCACCGAGAUCAUCUACAAGAACACACUGCACUGCUGGGCCACCAUUGCCAAGCAGGAAGGCACCGGUGCCUUCUUCAAGGGCGCCUUCUCCAACAUUCUCAGAGGCACUGGCGGUGCUUUCGUGCUUGUGUUGUACGAUGAAAUCAAGAAGUUCUUGUAAAUUAAAUUAUUAAAUUAUUCAAAACAA